CCGAGGAAGUGUCGGUGGUCCUUCACGUAGGGACCAACGAUACUCCCAAGUCUGGCUCUGAACUCAUCAUGGUCAGGCUGAGGCAGGCUAUUAGGGCGUGUCGGGAGGCAAGGUCGGGGGUGCGGGUGACGUGGUUCCACCAGAAGGCGAAUGUGAUCAGACGACAGAUUGUGUGGAGAACGCCGUCUGCGAAGGUGAGGCUGAAGAUUUGCGAUGCAAGUGCAACCCUGAAUUGGUGGAUGAAGCAGGACUCUGCAAGGUACCACCUGGAGUGGAAUAGGUGUCUCCUGAAGGGGAAUGUACGAAAACGGAAGAUUGCGUGGAAGACUCAACUUGCAAAGGACUUGCUGAAAAUCUGCGCUGUCAAUGUGAUGAUGGAUUCGUAGCAGAUCCAAAAUACUGCAAGAUACCUGCAGGAGAAGAUUGUUCGAGAACGUCAGAUUGCGUGAAUAACGCCCACUGCUCGAGUUCAGACACAUGCAUUUGCAACGAUGGGUUUGCCUCUACGGAUGAAGGAAUUUGCAAGGUGGCAGCUGGAUGGGAAUGUUCGCAAGCAGAAGAGUGCGUGAGUAACUCCAUCUGCAAUGGAACUGUUGGUAAUAAAACUUGUGAAUGCAAAGAAGGGUUCGUGGAAGAGUUUGGAAAAUGCAGACUCCCUAGACCAGGUGAAGAAUGUCUGCCUGCUAUUGGAUGUUAUGACGGGAAUUAUGUGGAAGGAUGUCUUCAGAAUGGGGACGGAAGAUAUACGUGCCAGUGCGAGGGAGGAUACUUACCGGAUUAUCACGAUUGCAG